CUAGUUGUUACAACAAAAUGUAAGGACCUCACUAAUUUUCACUGGCGUCACCCAUGAGUAAUUUUCUGCUUUCCUUCACUAAUCAUGAUUGUAGCAACAUUUCACACAUUGUCUUUGGAUGAAUUCAUCUACAUUGUGGGAGGUGUGACAACUUAUAUAGCCGAAGAGCGUCCUUUCAACUUCCAUGGACUCCAAUCUCAGUCCCCCCGUAUCCAACCAGACAUUGUACUUCGGUGGUUCUCGUAUUGAUUCAUCUGAUAAGGCUGCAGUGUGGUGCCCGGCUCCCGUCUUCAUCAACGAUCAAGCUCUUUCUUCUGCGUAUGUUAGCUUUCUUGGCAAGAUUUACUCAUUUGGAUGUGCAUGCCUAAACCUUGAGGUUCUUGACCCUGCCGCCGCUGUGGGCUACCCCAAUCCAAUCUGCCCUCUUUCCAUCCCUGAAGACCUUGUGGGUUGCAGUGUGUCUAUUCCUGUACUGCCCGACCCUUCUAAGAAUCGCAUUCUUGUGCGCUUGCAUGGUGGUCAGCUUUCUUCUCCUUCGCUGUAUGCUUUCACUCCUGAUAUUGAUGGUAAUGGGACAUGGACGUUACUCAUCCGUGAUUUCUCAUUUUGGGCGAGAACUCUCGCGCUUGUUGAUGACGUCAUAUACUUUCACUCACAUAAAUUCCCAUCUCUUCUUCGCGCUUUUCACAUAGCCGAGGAAAAAUGGUUGGAAGUCUGCUGGGAUUCAUGCUUUAAGGGCAACGUUAAUUUUAAUGUCAACAGGAAGCACUUUGAUGCAUUGCUUCAUUUGGGUGGAAAUAUUUUGUGCUUUGCUGCUUGGACACACAUAUAUCCGGAGCCUAUUGUGUAUCCUGAUUCUCUUAGUGUUGAGUUUUACAAGUUCAAAGUACUUCAAGACCCUGAUGGAACCAUAAGAUUCCAUGCAUGUGACUCCUACUCGUAUGAACUUCCUGAGAAUGAGAUUGUGCUUUCGUUCAUCUCUGCCUAACAGUCAUGUAGAUCUCUUCACUUUGUCCUGUCAAGUGCCAAGUGUGGGAGCCAUUUUGCGUGUGAUAGCUCCUAUUGUUCAACAUUUUCUUAACAUGCUACGUCUUGGAUGCUGCUGCUAUGCCCUGAAUUUGUUAAAGAUAGUUGAGUUUCUAUACAAGGCUUCUUCGAAUAACUCGGCAACUCUUUU